CUUAAAAUACUCGCUUAAUAUGUGACCGCGACGUGCGCUUACAAUUACAUGAAAAUUAAUCUUUCAACACAACAACGUCACUCGUCUGCAUUCAAAUUGUUUACGAAAGUGAAAUACACCUGCUAACAUGAGAAUAAGCAGUCUCCCUUGGUAACACAUACACGCAGCUGCGUAUUUCAAGACGGCGAGAACUCAUGUCUCCCAAAACCCUCCAAAAACUUAUAUGGAGUUCGUAGUUCUCGUCCGUCGUUUUGCCGAUGAGCUGACCAAUGGCAAAAGCAUCGCAAGCGAGUGACAGCGACGAUAGAGGCAGAGGACGCUUUUUACCUUCCAUUAGAAACCCUGUCUUCAAUCCUUCCGAUGACGAAGAAAUAACGGUUACAGUGUCGGCUAAAGAAGAAUCUCGAUCGAAAAAUAAUGGUCGGGGAAAGCGAUCUUUUAAUAGCAUCCGAAAGUUCUUCUCAAGCGAGAGGUCCACACGCCAAACCCCCGACAAUUCUCCGAGCUCUACACCAAGCCUCCCCCCGCUGUCACCACAACCCCCGCCUCGCCGAGACGCGCAGAAUACCCCCCCAGAACCUUUGAGGACGAGAGCUCGGGCCUUGCGUGACUCUGCUAAACGAAAAUUCAUAUCAGUGGAAACGAACUUACGCGGUAUUACGAUUGAUUCGAGAAGUGGUACUCCAGUUAGCAGUAGCAGUAGUAGCAGUGGCUCUGAAGUAUGGAAUCCUGAGAAACUGGAUACGACCACAGAUGAUACGAGUUCUUCCGCCACAAACAGUCAAAGUACUGACAAGAUUGAGGACAAGGAAAAUGAAAAUGGGGGCAGUGACUCGAAAGAAACAUCGACACAACUCGCUUGUGGAGAAUCAGAAAACCCGACUGAAAAUGAAAUGAAGAACAUUAAAAUGUUUACGAAUACAUUUGAUUUAAAGAAAGAAUUCAAAAAAGCAAAAGCAGCUAAAGAUUAUUCAACAAUCGUUGACUUCAUCAAAGCAGCAUUCAGCUCAUUGCGAAAUUUAUCAGAAAUUUACAAGGCCAGCGAAUUUGACCCAAAAUGUGGAAUUAAUUCCAUCUUUGUGAACGUCACCUUUGAUAUCCUAAUGGCUUUGCCUAGCGAUCACAGGAAGACAGUUUUGAAGUCAAUCGUCAACUGCUUGCUGAGUAAUAUUAAAAAGAAGCAAAACGAUGAAGAUCUUCCUGGCUAUCUUAUUCUGCUACAGAAUCCUCAGUUUGAUAGCUGCUCUUCCUAUGUGAUAUUUUCCCACUUGUUACGCCAAGUUAGUUCACUUUCCGACAAUCAACAUCACACGUUGGUGUCCUGGAUGACCUGGCUACCAAUUUCAUGUUUCAAAGGAAUGAUAAGACGUCUGAGAGAGUUCGUCAGCGUCGCAUUGUUUCCGAAUUUAGAGGAUGAUUUACCGGCCUCUCCGGAGAAAAUGCGUUUCUGGGUCCCAUCUGCUGUCAAAGUGUUGGCUCUUUUAAACGCAUCGAACUGGUUAAACAACAAACCAAUCGUAUCUUACGCAUACAUGUAUAUUGAUAUUUUGGACAAUAUGAACCUUACAAAAGAGUACGAUAAUUGGCAGUAUAGAACUGGGACUUUUACAUUUUGUCAAUAUCCGUUUUUAUUGACCCUCAGCGCGAAGCGUUAUAUUCUUCAGAAAGAUUCGGAAGCGCAAAUGAUCGAAAUUGCACGAAAAAGUCUACUUCUUGGUGUCAAGAAACGGGAGCCACCUGCCGUUAGUAUGUUGUUUUUUAAUCUUCGCGUCAGACGGGAUCACUUAAUUUCAGAUUCAUUGAACGAGAUAUCCCACAAAAGGAAUGAUUUAAAAAAGAAACUAAAAGUGACGUUUGUGGGUGAACCUGGUGUUGACAUGGGUGGAUUGACGAAGGAGUGGUUUAUGUUGCUCAUACGAAAAGUCUUUCGUCCAGAAUUCGGGAUGUUUCGUUACGACGAGAAAUCAUCCUGUUAUUGGUUCACAAAUAUGGCUGUUGAUAAUCUCGCUGAAUUCAAUCUUGUUGGAGUUCUAAUGGGUUUAGCUGUUUACAAUAGUACGAUAUUGGAUAUACGGUUUCCUCUCUGUUGUUAUAAGAAACUGUUGAGUCCCGCAGUGGUUCCGGGUGAUAAAAAUGCAACAGUCGGUGUGGCAAACUUAGAUCUCACUGACUUGAAAGAAGUUGUUCCAGAUCUGGCUAAAGGCUUGCAAGGACUUUUAAACUACGAGGGAGAUGUUGAAGAUGACAUGUGUCAAACCUUUCAGGUGUCCAGCACUGUCUUUGGUUCUGUUGUCACUGAAAAUUUGAAAGAAAAUGGUCAUUUGAUUCCGGUGACAAAUGAAAAUAGAGAAGAGUAUGUUGAUCUAUAUGUUGAUUACAUUCUCAAUAAAUCAAUCUAUCGUCAGUUUGAUGCAUUCUAUCGCGGAUUCCACAGCGUCUGUGCGUCAAAUGCUCUGAUUUUGUUGCGUCCUGAAGAGAUAGAGAUGCUGGUCUGUGGCAAUCCAGAUUUUGAUAUGAGAGCUUUAUCAAAAGUCACAAUUUAUGAUGGUUUCUCAAAAAGGGAUGCAACCAUCAGAUAUUUCUGGGAAAUCGUAGGAAAGUUUUCUAAUUCCUUGAAGCGGAAACUGUUACGUUUCUGCACGGGGAGUGAUCGCAUACCUGUCGGGGGCAUGGCCGAAAUGGAGUUCAAGAUAACACGAAUGGCGAAUGUCAGCGAUGAAAUGUUGCCAAUGGCGCACACAUGUUUUAAUCAGCUUUGUCUGCCGCCCUACAAAACAAGACAACAACUAAAGACAAAACUAACGAUUGCAAUUUCAAAUUCAGAAGGAUUUGGCAUUGAAUAGCGGGCGUUGAAGUCUUAUGUGAAAAAAUUGAAGACUAGUACACACACUAAACUUUUUAAAUACUUUCGUGGUGAAAACUUUUUUGUCAAAUAUCUUAAUUAAUUUUUCAAUUAAUUAUAUUGUACAUAGUUAAUUCUACAAAAUGAUAUGAUAGACUUAAGGAAAUUUUAAAUUUAUUUUGUUGCA